GGAAAACCCGACCUCAACACCACCCUUCCCAUCCGACAGACGGCGUCCAUCUUUAAACAACCCGUGACAAAAGUCACCAAUCACCCCGGAAAUAAAGUCAGGAGUGACCCCCAAAGGUUGAGUGAACAACCCAGGCAGCUUUUUUGGGAGAAAAGACUCCAAGGUUUGAGCGCUUCGGACGUGAGCGAACAAAUCAUUAAAUCCAUGGAACUUCCCAAAGGAUUGCAAGGUGUAGGUCCAGGAGCGAGCACGGAAUCUUUGCUCUCUGCCGUGGCCAGCGCUCUCCACACCAGCUCUGCUCCCAUCACGGGGCAAAAUUCGGCGGCGGUGGAAAAAAAUCCCGGCAUUUGGUUGAACACGUCCCAACCCCUUUGUAAAGCUUUCGUGGUGACUGAUGAUGACAUCAGGUGA